GGAUUACUCCUGGUCACAAGGUAAUACUCUCAACCUAUUCGUCGUUCACAAGGUUCCCGUCGCCGCCGUUGCCAUUCACGCGUAUUAUUGAGAGCUAGCUGAUAUCUGUCUCCGCCGGGGGGCAGAUAUAUAUUCUGCUCGGUCCAAGAUGGAUUCCGACCUCGACAUGGAGGAUUCUGAUCUUCGGUCGGUCAUGGCUUUUCCUGUGACUGCCUCGCUGGGCCCUGCUGGUCCCCUCCUCAGGCAACUCCGCUUGCUGACCACUUUACCGAACGUGGUUGGCGAGGAUGAGAUUCAGAGGUUCACAGAGGAUCUCGAUGGAUUAUGCAUCUCCCUCAUGCAUCAGUCAGAAGCGGAGGAGCCUUUGAGCUCCACGGCUAAGUCCUGGAUGAACAAGGUCCGGGAACUAUGUUAUGACACCAAAAGCUACUUGGACGAUGCCCCAUUUAUUUCCAAGCAAGACGAUGAGGAUGAUGAUGCCCAGCUCACUCCACAAGAGAAGCAAGAAAAUGCCCAGUUCGAAUUCAAGAUGCUUGAGGCUCGAGCCAAGAAUGCGAGCAGAAGACGCAAGAGGUAUGAAAUCGAUCAGAAGAGCUCUAAUAACAAGACUAAACUUCCGUCAAAGAGGAGUCGGCUUCCAGUUCUCCAUCCACAACUGAUUGACCGCUACAGAAUGGAUAAGCUCACCAACAUGCUGGGUAAUGAAGAGGGGGAGCCGCUCAAGAUUGUAUCUAUGGUUGGGCUUGAGGGUGUCGGUAAGACCACACUCGCCAAGAGGGUAUACCACAAGCUCCAGACCGGUGAACGGUUCCGGUGCCGGGCUUUUGUGAGGGUGUCUAGGAACCCGGACAUGAGGAGGCUUCUAACCACCAUUUUCACACAGAUUCAAUUGCCGGAUUUUUCUUCUUCGGAGGGUGUCUCUCAGCCUAGUUGCUGCUUGGAUGCGCAGGCCCUUAUCACAAAUAUCAAAAAUUAUCUGCAAGACAAAAGGUACUUGAUCAUAAUUGAUGAUUUAUGGACUACCUCGGUAUGGGAUAUUAUUAGGCGUGCUUUUCCUGAUGACGGUUGUCACAGCAGAAUAGUAAUAAUCACCCAAUUUGAGGAUGUAGCAUCGGCAUGCUGUAGUUAUCAGUCAAAGUACAAAUUUGAGAUGGAUCCUCUCAAAUAUGAUCAAUCACGAAAAUUAUUUUUCAGUAUAGUGUUUGGCUCUGAAGAUGAAAUCAGGUUCCAUGAGGGCUUCAAAAAAGUGUCAUCUGAGAUUAUUGAGAAAUGUGAUGGUUUACCGUUAUCAAUGGUAAAUAUAGCCAGCUUGUUGCCAGCACCAAGCAGACUGAACCUCCAGCAAUGGAUGGAUAUUCGAGAUUCGUUGCCUCCCACUCUGAAGACAAAUCCUAGUUCUGAAGGGAUGGAAAAGGUUAUAAAUCUUAUAUACAACAAUCUUUCCCCUCAAGUGAAGACAUGCUUGCUACAUCUUGUUUUGUAUCCAGAGGGCUACACGAGCAAUAAGGAUGACUUGGUGAAGCAAUGGGUAACUGAAGGUUUCAUAGGGGAAGGGCAAAAUAAUGAGGAAAUUGCGCGGGAUUAUUUUGAUGAGCUUGUCAGUACAGGAAUGAUCCAAGCUGUAGACAUGAAUUACCAAGGGGUACAGUCGUGUACACUUCACCACAUGGUACAUGAUUUUAUUGCGAAGAAAUCCAUGGAGAGAAACUUCAUCAUUGUUGUGGACUAUUUUCAGUCAGCUAUAUUGCUUAAUCCUAGCAAGGUUCGUCGUCUGUCUAUCCAAUUCGGUGGUGCAAGGAACGCACGGAUACCAGCGGGAAUCACGCUGUCCGAAGUUCAAUCACUUGCAUUUUUUGGAUUCUGUGGAUGCACGGAUUUCAUUGGUGGGUGUAAGCUUCUUCGGGUUCUAAUUCUCCAUGUGUGGGAUGAUCAAGAUAAGGUGCCUUUUGACCUCUCUGGAAUUAUUAGUAAACUACUUCCACUGAGAUAUUUGAAGAUUGCAUGCAAUAUCCCAAUCAAACUUCCAGACAAGAUUCAAGAUCUGCAAUACUUGGAGACACUGGAAGUGGACGCAACAGUAGCAACUAUCCCAUCGGGUAUCAGAAAACUCAGCAGGCUCUCCAGUCUAAAGAUUGCAGUUAGUGUGCUAUCGAGGAAUGAUAUUUGUAUCCUCCGAGCAUUGCCAGCCCUUUCCGCUCUCUCGCUGCAUGUGUGGACCACGCCCAUUGAAAUGAUCAUCUUCGACAAGGAAGAAUUUCUAGUUCUCAAGUCCUUUGAAUUCAGGUGCCCCGUGCCUUGGCUGAAAUUUGAAACUGGUUCAAUGCCUGACCUCCGGAAUCUCGACCUAGGUUUCAACGCCUGCGAAGCAGAACAGCACGAUAUUGUGCCUAUCGGCAUGGAGCACCUGUCAGGCCUCCAAGUAAUCACUGCACAUAUUUGGGGUUCACAUGCCGAUGUAGGAUCUACAUUCAGAACCGCCAUUAGCAGUCAUCCAAGCAAUCCUAGAAUCUACAUGCGGCUGGUCCAUCCUAUUUUUCAUGGUGACGCGACCACAAGUGUGGGGACAAUCAAAGUGAAAGAUGAGAAAAAACAAGCUGCCGAUACCAGGAUGUCUACGUUGCCCCGGGCAAAAAGGAUGUCUACGUUACUGGGAUCCUCUUCGCGUGUGCCUGUGCAAGGUGCUGACAAAAAGCUUAAAGUGGAGAUAAAAACUGACGGUAUUGAAGUUAAGGCAGAGACAUCCGCUUACGGUCGUGAAAACAUGGCCCAUAGGAUGUCGAAACUGAAAAUAGAAACUGAAUUUUUUUAUGAUAUGGACAUCGAACACUGGAUGCCAUCAUCUCCUACGAAUAGCCGGACUGACAUGAACUGGCAGCCUGCUGGAUGGGAAGAUGAGAAAAAACCAGCGGAUAUCAGGAUGUAUGCCUCACCAUGCUCCUCUUCGCGUGUGCCUAAUUCAGGUGCUGACAAAAUAUCGAAAGUGAAGACAGAAACUGACAAUAAUGUAAUUAUGGAAGAGGCAGACUUUGAUUCUGUUGACGACAAGGUUGUUGAGCCCUGGAUGGCAACCGGUGGAGAGUUUGUCAAAUUAUUUCAGUGGAUGAGAUCUGCUAUUUCCUCCCAAUAUUCUGGACGGAGUGUACCAAGAGAGCCAGAAAUUCAGGGUGAAGUAUCGAAAUUGGAUGAACACCUACAAGGUCUUCGAGACACUUUGCCUGAAAUGUACGUCCUCAUUAAUGCAGCAGAGUGGAGGAGCUAUGAAGACUCUAUUGCUGAGAUCCUUCCAAAUUUAAGGAAUUCAGUGUAUGAUGCUGAAGACCUUCUUGAUGAGUUCAAAUGGUAUGAGCUGAAGGUGACAGUGGAGGGCAAUGCAAACCAAUGUCCUUUCAGUGAUUUCUUUAACGAUGUCAUUACAGGCAGCUUCAACGAGAAAGUGCAAUGUGUCCAGGAUAGGCUGGACGAUCUUUUGAAUCAGCUAGAGAAGAUGGGCUUGCAUGAAGAUAGUUAUGAAUCAGUCAGGAGGUUUGACAAAUCAGUUAGGCCAAAGACCACCUAUUUGCUGAAUGAGUCAGAAAUAUUUGGCGGUGCCCAGGAGCUGAAAAAGGUGAUUGGGUUUCUUACUGAACCUAACAAAAGUGGCAGUGCCCGUUCCAAACACAUGUCGGCAAACAAAGAUAAUGAUGAAUCAAAAAUACCAGGUCUUCAUGUCUUGCCAAUAGUUGGAAUUGGGGGUAUUGGUAAGACCUGUUUGGCCCAACAUGUUUGCAAUCAUCCAGAUAUAAGGUCUCACUUCAACCUAAUAAUUUGGAUUUGCGUAUCGGAUGACUUCGAUGUUAUUAGGUUGACUAAGGAGGCCAUAGAAUCCUGCUCUGGAGAAAGGCCAACAUCAGAUCAUUUGGGUACACUUCAGCAUGCUCUUUCUGAACACGUGAGGGACAAAAAGGUCUUCAUUAUCCUUGAUGACCUGUGGGGUGAUGCUUUCAAGGAAGACAGUAAAUAUUGGAAUAUAUUUUGUGCACCUUUAAAAAACAAUGGACGGGAAAGUUUGAUGUUGGUCACUACUAGAUCUCCUAUGGUUGCUCGUAAGGUCUGCACAAUGGAUCCCUUUACAUUGCAUGGUUUGUGGGGUGUGCCCUUAUGGAAUUUCUUCAAACAAUGCAUAUUUGGGUCCGAGAGUUCUAACAAUGAUCCCAAUUUAGAGCACAUUGGUAUGAGCAUUCGUCAUAAGUUGGUGGGUUCUCCUUUAGCUGCGAAAACUGUUGGACUCCUGUUAAGAAUGGACCUUUGUGCAUCACAUUGGAAUUAUGUAUUGGGGAGUGAACUGUGGGAGUUGAAACAAGAGAAGACUGACAUUUUGCCUUCUCUUCAGUUGAGCUAUAUGUAUUUACCAUUCCAUUUGAGGAGAUGUUUUGCAUUCUGUGCUGUGUACCCCAAGAAUUACAGAUUUCAAAAGAAGAACUUAGCUGAAAUUUGGGUGGCCGAAGGAUUUGUGGAACCUGAAGGUGACAUUAAAGCUACAGAUAUUGGUUGUCGGUACUUUGAAGAACUUGUGAAUGAGUCAUUCUUUCGACAAGUCUCCGGCUCAUACAAAAUACCUCAUUUGAUGCAUGACAUGGCAAAACUAGUUUCAAGGAAUGACUGCUUCAUCAUAAGAGAAAAUGCUGACUUUGGAAAAGUUCCUCGGAAUGUUCGUCAUCUGUCAAUACUCUCUGGGGAAGACUUUAAGAAAGCAGACUUGUUGAGCCUGUGCAAGCACACAAAGCUGCGUACCCUACUUUGCAAUGAACUUUCUGGGAGUGAUGAUAUAUCUGCUGUGAUGGACCAUUGGUGCAGUGGCCUUCACCGUCUGCGCGUGAUGUGUUGUGCCUCUACAAAGGAAUUACCAGAUAGCCUUGGCAACUUGAAGCAUCUUCGAUACCUUGACAUCUCCAAAGCUUGUCCUUUGAACAGACUUCCUUCGGCGUUCUGUUACCUAUACAGAUUACAGUUUGUAUAUGCCAGGAAAUGCAAGAUUGUAAUCCUGGUCGAUGACUUCAGUAAGUUGAUCAGUUUAAGGAGAUUUGACUCAGAUGGAUUUGUGUAUAAUGCAGGGUGUGACCUAGAUAUUGAUGCGACCGGUAGGCAUGGACUAGGCAUUGGAUUGAAAAAGAAUUGGUCGGAUCUUAAAGUUUUGCGCAUAUAUAAUCUUGGGAUGAUAAGUAAGGAUGCUGUAGCAGAGGUGGAACUGAAGAAUAAGCAAUGUCUCCACAACCUGAAACUGGAAUGGUCUAUGGAUAGUUAUUGGUACAAUAGUAGGCGCUGUGAGGAAGAAAUUCUCUCGGCGAAAGAGAAUGAUAUAAAAGUGCUUCAAGUGUUAGAACCUCCCUCCAUUCUCAAGUCUCUGCUCGUCAAGGGCUAUGGAGGGGUGUCUCUUCCAAGCUGGUGUGGGCCAGAAAACUCGCCAAGCUCAGCAUCACUGACACUUGAUACUAGUGAUGGACUAGAGAGCAUACCUUUGCCAGAGAGCACAUCGCUAUCCAGGACCUCACAGCGGAUAGAACUAAACGAGAUGCCCGUGGAGUUGCUAGUUAACAGUAACAAAGAAACCAUUGGCAUUUUCCCGUUCCUGACAGAGCUCGAAAUUUUUGGGUGCCGAAAUUUAUCUAGCGUCGAACAACUCGUACAUCCAGCUUAUAUUCCAGCCAUCAAGAAAAUAAAAAUAUGGCAUUGCCCAAGCUUAGAAUCGUGUGGAAGUUUUGUGGGUUUCCAUUGUCUCGAGGAACUGGAGGUGACCAAGUGCCCAAACAUUAACAACUCCCAAUGUUUGGUGUCGCCCUCUCUCAAGAUGCUCGUGCUGGGUGAUAGUGGGUCGAGUCCAGCUGGAAUUAACUGUGGUAAUCUCGCGGAAAAUAUAGAGUGCUGCUCUCUCACCAAUUUUAAGUUAUCAUGCGAUGGUCUGACAUCCAUCCAACUGCAAAACUGGAAUGUUCCAGCUCUGUUGGAGUUGAACAUUUCACAUUGUGGAUCUCUCAAAAGUAUUGGGCAAUCUGGACAAAUCUUCCCAAACAUUUCAGUUUGUGGCAGCACCGUUAGAGGAGGAUUCUCGUUCCUUACUUCCCUAAGAAUUCACAAGUGUGACAAGCUGUCAACCAUUGAUAAGCUCCUAUCAGAAGAAUAUCUACCUGUCGUUGACGAGAUAGAGUUUACAGAAUGUGACAAGUUAGUGUCGCUGCCUGUUGAAAUUGGGAGUUUAUCUUGUCUGCGUCGUUUGAAGAUUGCGGAAUGUGCCAGUAUCAGAUGGCCAAGCGGAUUGGUGUUCCCAUCUUCCCUCCAACGGCUCUACUUAAUGGACUGUGGGGACAUGUCUGCAUUUGUUCACAGCUGCCUACAGAGCCUCACAUGCCUUGUCUCACUGACGCUGAAGAAAUGUCCGGGUCUAACAUUCAUUCCAGAACAAGUAUGGAGCAGUAGCCUCAAAUCACUGGAGCAACUGUUGAUUGCACAAUGUCCAGACCUUGUGUCAAUCGGUGGAGCAAGGGCAAUCGCAGAAGUGCCGACGGUGUACAUUACCAACUGUCCAAAGUUGGAGGACCUAAAGCAGCUGACGAGAGGAUCUCACUUUAACUGGUGAUUUUCUUUCACUGGCUGAAACCCAGGUGUUCGUGAGUUAGAAAGAGACUAGGCUAGAAAACGGAGUCAACACCGACGUGAUGUCAAGCACGAGGAGCCGGGGUCUUGAGCUGGUGCAGCUGUCUAGCAGGACCAAAAAUAAGUUAUCAUGACAUGAACUAGUCAUCAACCCGGGCAACAGCAUGGGCUAGUUAUGUAGACAGCAGUCUAGUGUUUUUAUAUUUCUUAUAUUGGAAAAUGAACUAAUUAUGAAUUCGGGUACUUUGUAUUAUGCUCUUGAAUGCUUAUUUAUUCAAAAUGUAAAACUUUUUUCAUGGAACC